UACUACACUAUUCUGAUAAACUCUGCGCAUUUCGGCCAUGGAAACCACUAUAGUCAGCUCUCAGCUUCAACUCUUCACCACCAAUUACUUCAAGAUUUCAGGAAACGAUAUUAUGCAUAGGGAGAAAUUUUGUCAUCGACCAAUUCCUGGAUUAUUUCCACUCAAGAUAAAUUGUUCAAGAUUCGGUGGAAAGCCCUUAUUGUUGUUAGAUAGGCAAAAUAUCAGACCUUCUUAUGAUAUUGUUUCUAAGCUGAGAGGAAGAUGUUUUGAAAUUAAAGCUGCAUCUACUGAGUCUUUAGGUUAUGAACAAUUCCUGCCUGAACCUAAUGCUGGCGAAGUGGUUCUUCCCUUGCAUGAUUCUGGUGGCAAUGAUUCGUUGCGACCAAGGCCGAAAGCUUAUAAGAAUAGAUUUUUGAACUUUGUUCGCCUCAGUUCAGUCCUUAAUACUGCUGCUGAAUCUUUCUUUAAAAGUGAGAUACGAAGGAGGUUAUUUGUGACUGCCAUCCUUAUUGUGAUAAGUCGUGUUGGCUACUUCAUUCCUCUACCUGGUUUUGAUCGGCGGUUGAUGCCCCAGGACUAUCUUAGCUUUGUCUCAGGCUCAGUUGAUGAACUAGGUGACAGCACACCGGAACUUAAGCUUUCUUUGUUCCAAUUGGGUAUCAGUCCUCAAAUUGCAGCAUCAAUUCUCAUGCAGGUUCUUUGCCAUGUGGUUCCUUCUUUGGUGAAGUUGCGAAAAGAAGGCUUGGAUGGUCACGAGAAGAUUAAGAGUUAUAUAUGGUGGAUUUCGCUUGGGUUUGCCAUAGUGGAGGCUCUGGUUCUUUCUUGUUAUUCGCUCUCAUAUUCCAUUUAUGCUGCCAGUUACAGGGUAAAGCACGUGAUGUUGACAUCUUCCCUUUUGGUGUGUGGUGCAAUGACUAUGACAUGGAUUUGUGACAAAAUAACAGAUGCUGGAUUUGGUCAAGGCUCGUCAUUGAUUAUCUGUGUGGGGAUUUUGACUGGCUACACAGAUACAUUGUCCAAAAUGCUUACUCAACUAUCAGGAACUGCUGUUAGCUGGUGGCCAUAUGUACUAGCUGUUUUUGGUGUUUUUACUGUAGUAACUAUGUGGGCAGUUGUUGUGACUGAGGGUUGCCGGAAAAUCAAGCUGCAGUAUUUUGGUUUUAAACUUGCUUCAGCUGCAAGAGAAGAUUCUCCAAUUAUUGAGGUGGAGCCUUACAUCCCGUUCAACAUAAAUCCUUCAGGGAUGCAGCCUGUUCUCACAACUUCUUACCUAUUGGCUUUUCCCGGCAUCCUAGCAAGCCUUCUUGGUUCACGCUUUUGGGAAAAUGUGAGAAAUACCCUGAAUCCUGAAACUUCUCUUGGUGCUGAGCCAUGGGUUUAUUACACAAUUUAUGCGUUCUUUGUGUUCCUCUUCAAUAUAUUUGACAUUGCAAACAUGCCCAAGGAAAUAGCUGAUUAUUUGAACAAGAUGGGGGCCAGAAUUCCACAUAUAAAGCCUGGAAAGGCUACCAUUGAAUAUCUGACAAAAGUUCAAGCUUCAACACGUUUUUGGGGUGGUUUAUUGUUAAGUAUUUUGGCCACCACAUCUACAAUACUUGAUCAUUAUUUACGCCGCAUCAAUGAGGGAUUUGCAAUAGGUUUCACGUCAGUUUUGAUAAUAGUGGGUUCAAUCAUUGAACUCAGAAGAUCUUAUCAAGCUUAUAAUGUGAUGCCAAGUCUGAGCAAUGCAUUAAGGCGUUAUGGUGUUUAACAUCUUCACAUGCUGGCUAAACUCUCUCAGAACUCCCUCCAUGAUAUAUUUUGGUGGAAAGUGUGGUAUUUGCAAAAGAUCUUUGAUCCAUGGUUCACUGGAGAUUGAAGAAGCAGUUGGUCUUCGUAGAGGUCUGGUCAUUUUUUGGGGGAACAAGACGAACUAUUCAGAGCUGACUCGGUAUGCAAAGCAUUUGAAGUCUAGAGCCACAAUGACAGGAGGCACUUGCUUCAACGCUGGAAAAGGAAGUUCUUGCUCCGCUCCUUUCCUUGCCAUGAAAACAGCAAAUCUCUUGGCUUAAUGGUUUGCAUGUUUAAGAGCGAUUUUCUGCAGAUUAGAGAUCAGGAACCUGCUAUCUGAAAUGAUUGGUGCAUGCUCAUGAAUUGAUGGAUCUCCUUAUUUGUACCCACAGGAAAAAUGACUAUGAAUUUGUGGAUUCAAUCAAGUCAGUGGUAAUAGCAUCUCCAGAACUUGCAUAGCUGCAAGGAAGCUUGGUCGUCCGUCCUAUGGAAAAGUCUGUUUAACUGGCUGA